AUGCAGAAGUCUCGGACGAUCCAAUCGGCCCUGGGGUCGCGGGCUUUUGCCCCCGUCCCGCGCGUGCAAGUUCAGUUCCAGCGCCGCAGCCUCCAAGACGUUGCAAUCUCCCGCACCGGUCGACCUAUCCUGAAGGUCCAGGGUGGCCGUUCAUCCCUCGGAGGUCACACCGCAACCGUCUUCGGUGCCACCGGUAUGCUGGGUCGCUAUAUCGUUAACCGACUUGCUUCCCAGGGAUGCAAUGUGGUGGUCCCUUACCGCGAUGAGAUGGGCAAGCGUCACCUGAAGGUCACUGGUGAUCUCGGACGUGUUACUUUCAUUGAAUACGAUCUGCGCAACACCCAAUCCAUCGAGGAGAGUGUCCGUCACUCCGACGUCGUCUACAACCUUGUCGGUCGCUCACACCCCACGAAGAACUUCUCCUACACUGACGUUCACGUGGACGGUGCUGAGCGCAUCGCCGAGGCCGUUGCGAAGUACGACGUUGAUCGCUUCAUCCACGUUUCCUCCUACAACGCCCGCCGUGACUCUCCUUCCGAGUUCUGGUCUACCAAGGCGUGGGGUGAGGAAGUUGUCCGCAACAUCUAUCCCGAGACGACCAUUGUUCGCCCUGCCCCGAUGUUCGGCUUCGAAGACAACCUCCUUCACAAGCUCGCUCGCGUCACCAAUGUUUUCACAGCCAACAACAUGCAGGAGCGCUUCUGGCCCGUUCACGCCCCCCAGGUUGGACACGCCCUGGAGCUGAUGUUGCACAACGAGAGCUCCGUUGGUCAGACCUACGAGCUUUACGGUCCUACCAACUACUCGAUGGCCGAGCUUGCCGAGCUUGUCGACCGCGAAAUUGUCAAGGAGCGCCGCCACAUCAACGUUCCCAAGGUCAUUGCCAAGCCCUUCUCUUACUACCUCAACAAGGCCCUGUGGUGGCACAUCACCUCCGCCGACGAGGUCGAGCGCGAGUUCCACGACCAGGUUAUUGACCCCGAGGCCAAGACCUUCAAGGACCUGGGCAUUGAAAAGACCCCCGAGGUGACUGACAUGAUCUUCGAGUAUCUGAAAGGAUACCGUAAGUCCACCUACUACGAUCUGCCCCCCAUGACGGAGGCAGAGCGCAAGGAGGAGAAGAAGUACCUCCACGUGCUGGAUGACCAGUAG